UAAAAAUAAUCCAUGCCAGCAAAAUUUAUAUUUGACAGCAUCCCUUGCAACUCAAAUUUACUUUUUCUUAGAAUUAAAAGAUUAGUACAUAACCCUGGCAACUAUGUAACAAUUCCGAUUGUCAGAAUAAGUCAGAGCAACUAUGAUGUGGACAUGUGCAUUAUCACCCAUCUAAACUACAAGAAAACAAAAUAAACAAAGGUGGUUUUCAUGACAAAUUAAUAUAUUUUAUGAAUCUAAAAUAUUUUAGACAGAAAAACAUUUAAGUUUUCUCCAAAUAGUAAAAUCUUUUAUGCUAAAUAUUCCACUUUUUAUAAUGUAUUGGUCAGUCAGAGGAAGAACUGGGAAUAUGAAUGAUAAUAGAGACUUUUCCACAAACGAUGAAAUUAUGUCAAAUCAAGGAAUUAUUUUGAGCCAAGAAAUUACUUUAAGCCAAGAGGACACUCUUUCAACAAUUCUAAGAUUUUUAUCCAAUGAAAUUACAGAUUCCUCACUUUUGGUAGAAAAUCUUAGGAAAAGUUUACCAUAUAUUCGAGUUAACAAGAGUUUAUUUCAGUUGAUUAUGCCACCUCUAAAAAGUAGUCUAAUAAAGGCAUUGGAUGAUAAUUUUUUGAUGGCAGAGACAUGUGAUGAUGACUUCGUUAUAGAUAUAUUAAAGAAUAAUUUACAAUUGAUUUUCAAUUUGAUAGAUGUAGUAAAAGACAUAUUGAAAUUGCUUGUUGAAUAUUCUUUUACUAAUCUAGCUUAUAAUAAAAGUGUCGCAGUUACAAGUAUUCAAGUUAUAUACUUAAUAUUUGACCAUUGUAAGAAAAGCCCUGAACCGUAUAAAAGUAUCUUCAGUCAAGAUUUAUUAGAAAUAUUUAAAAUAAUAGAAGAGGCUCAUUCCUUAUUUUUCCAAUUAUUUGAGUCUGAGGUGACAGUUCCUAAUGGUUUUGAAAAUAGCGAAUUAGUUGAAAUCCUUCUGGAAGUUUUAGAUAACGUGUGUGAUAUUAGUGAGAUAUUAUAUUCCCUAAACUUUAAAUUAUUAGUAAAAAACUGGAAAGGAUAUUUUGCAAUUGUGCAAAAGUUUUUGGAUCCCCUAAAAGGUCAAAUAAACAUUAAAAGGCCAAUUACAAACCUUAUAGUUGUAAUCCAAGACAGUUUUGAUACACUUUUAGAUACAGACUCUAAUGAUUUGAUGACAAUUUCAUAUCGGGCCAAACUAACAGGAUUUUUAGUCAAAGUAGCGUUGAAACUAUUUGAUACAUUUUGGGAAUAUAAGCAGAAAAUAUUAGAUGAGAUGUUUAAAUUUUGCUGUAUGAUUUAUAGUUUUCCACUAAAUAAGUUUAUACUUAUGGAUUAUACCCUAGAAGUUAUAGCACCAUUAAAAGAUACGGUAUUUGCCAAUACGAAAUCUUUUGUGGCUAAAUUUUUACAAGAUGAUUCUUUUGCACAGAUUGUGUCAUCUUUAUCCGAUAAUUAUUCUUUUGGUUUGCUUAAUUUCCUAAACGUAUGUCUCGAAUGCAUGGUUGCAAUUGACAAAAUGCAAAACUCAGUAGUGGACGUUAUAAUAAAAUUGAUGUUUAAUUCCAUCAAAAUUUGUUUCCAGGAGUUUCUAAGUCCAGAAAGUAUUUUUGAAGAUUUGGUCAUAAAUAUAAGUGGUGUGGUAAUGAUUUAUGAUGAAUAUUACAAAAAAAUUGAAUCGAUAUUACUGGAAAAUGUACUUCAGGAACAUAUUUGGAAUUAUUUUUUAGCAACUGAAGUUUGGUGUCUUUUAUUAAGAAACGCAAAUCCACGAUUUUGUACUGAUACUUUGAUAAACCUUAUAAAAAUUUACAACAAUUUAGAGUUUGGAAAUAAUACUUAUAGAUUAGAAAAAAUACAUCUUAAAUACCUCAUGCAGAGGGUAUAUAGACUGUUGCCAGAUUAUUUAAAAUGUACAAUGAAUCAAAGUAUGUACGUACAUGGGCACGUUUGGAAACAUAUGGAUUUUCAAUACUUCCCUAUACAAAAGAAGAAAUUUGUUGAAGAUAUAUAUCAGGUUACAUUAGAAAAAAUUAAUGAAAUUGGAACUGAUAAAUUUACACAAAAGGACUUUACAAUUUUGGCUGAGAACUUAGAAUCGUUAUCUACUGUAAAUUUUCGAGAAAUGCACAUCGAUCCGUUGAAUUUAGUGAAUGCACUACAAGGCAUUUGGGAAUUGACAUUUACUGAUACGGAUAACAACAAUUAUUUAUUUAGAUAUUUUAUCGCAAAAGUUUUCAAAAUAACUAGCAGUUUUGCUGCGGAAUUUAACAACAAACAAUUAUAUACGGUAUUAAAUCAAUUAGCACGUCUUUCAUCAAACGAUUUUUUCAAACUACCAAUAUCCUUGAUGAUUAUUUCCUUUGGUUUGUUAAAUCCAAACGAAUUAGGUCAAGAUGGAUGCAAGAUAUUCAAAAUGAUUUCCAAUAUUAUAACAAACUUGUUGUGCAAUUCCGAAAUUAUCAUCAAACAAAGCGUUCUAGACGUUCUAGAAGUUUGCGAACAUAACGGUAAACAAAGUAUAGUUAGAGAUGUGGCAAUGAAUUGCGAUAGUAUGCAAACAUUGAUUUCCGAUAAUUUGAAAAAAAGUAACGCAGAUUCGAAAUUUGAUGAGGAAUAUUUUAAAUCUGUCGGAACAUUGGAAUAUUCGCACAAUUGCAUCGAAUGGAAAAAGAGGACUAAUACCAAGAGGCUCAGAAGAUUUAAGUCCAACGAGUUUGAUAACUUUGAGAAACUCGAUGAUCCCUCGCAGAAACAAUACGUUUUAAAAGAAGAAAAUACUAGAAGGUUAAAAAGAUUCAAGUCAAACGAACUUGAUAACUUUUUAAACGAAGAAAAUACCACGAUAGACACCGUUACUGAGCUACCGGCACAAAAUACUGCAAAAAAAGAAGUUUUUAAAUAUAGCCUUAAAGAAUAUAAGUACAAAUCUUAUAAAAAGAAGAAUAAACGUACAGAACAAACUGAAGGAGAUAUAGCAGAAGCAGAUGAUACCGUACACGAGGUUUUAGUGAGAUUGAAAGGCGAAGUAAAAUGUUUAACAAAUGUAUUGAAGACUGAAAAGUUGUCGGCAAAAAAUGUAUCUGAUUUAAAAAUAAUUUCAAAUCAGUUGUUGUCGUUAAUAUAAUUUAAGACUGACUUAAAAUAGAAUUAAAAUUAAAUUUCGUUUUUAUUCUCCUCCC